UCCAAAGUAUGCCGAAACCAUUCCCCAGCAGGUCAGUCAUCAACACCCAGGAGUUCGCCCAGAAGCUGUUGGAAUCAGGACACAUCGAAGAAGAGGACAUAAUGGUAUCAUUCGACGUAGCGGCAUUGUUCCCUAGCGUUCCAGUGAAAGAUGCUCUGAAUCUUCUAGAGGAUUGGCUGCUAACACAAGGGACGGAAACAACAUGGCGAGGAAAGGUGAAGAUGUACCUAAAUCUGGCAAGGCUAUGCAUGACGGAGAACUACUUCACAUUUCGUGGCAACUACUACAAACAGACGAAAGGAGCACCGAUGGGAAAUCCGCUAUCACCGUUUUUGUGCGAACUGUUCAUGGCGAAUCUGGAGAACAACCUACAAGAACAAGGAAUACUACCCCAGAAGUGGUGGAGAUACGUCGACGACAUUUUCAGCAUCAUCAACCGAAAGGAUCUACCCAGGAUUUUGGAAGCGAUAAACAACGUGCAUAAGGACAUCAAAUUUACCUUCGAAGAGGAAAAAGAAGGAAGCCCACGAACACCAUGAGAGUCAUCCCAUAUACAUCGAACCAUUCGUACCAACAUAAAAUGGCAGCAUUUCAUCACAUGAUCCACAGGAUGCAGACGAUACCCCUGAGCGAAGAAGGAAAAACGAAGGAACUACAAUACAUCUUGGAAACAGCGAAGAUCAACGGAUACCAGGAGAGGACUAUACGAGCGAUCAUCAACAAGAAGGAAAGGACCCUACGACGAAAUGGACAUACAACGCUGACACCGAUAGAGGAGCCGCUGAAAAGAGUUUCGGUCCCAUAUGAUAAACACAUCACCAACCAGCUACGCCCUCGACUAAGGAAAUUCGGCAUCGAUCUAGUAUUCUCCAGUAGAAGCAACCAACUCAAGUCUCUAUUGGGUUCAACGAAGGAUGAAGUAGAAAUGUUGAAUAAGGCAGGCGUUUAUAAGAUAAGUUGUUCCCAAUGUGAAAAAAUCUAUGUAGGCCAAACAAAAAGAUCAUUAGAUAUAAGGUUCAAGGAACAUAUGGCGGAAGUGAGUAAGGCGAAAAGAGAAAACGAUAAGGGAUUACAUUACGAAUUUAGAUCUAAGGUAGCAGAGCAUGUGUAUAAGG